GGGGAGUGGUUUCUCCGCGCUGGCAGUGGCGGGGCCGGUCUGCGGGCGGGGAGGUGCCGCGGCGGCGGUGCCAGCGCCCGGCCCGGGAGGAUGCGGACGCGCUGACGGAGCUGCCGGCUCCCUUCUGCCGCCGUGCAUGGGCGGCGGGCGGCUGCCGCCUCGCCUCGCCUCGCCUGCCCCGCCGCAUGACAGAGGUGAUGAACACACGGGAACCGGUUAUGGAGGAAUUUGCUCUCAGCCAGACUCCUGAGGAAGAAGGAGGCCCUUCAAGUCAGGCCUUCCCAGACUCACGUGAGAAGUACCCCAAGCUGUCCAAAAGACUGCCAUCGAUUGUAGUGGAGCCGACUGAGUCCGGGGAUGUGGAGAGUGGGGAGCUGCGCUGGCCUCCUGAUGACCUGAAAUCAGCAGAGGACAAGGGUCUUCACGGUGACCAAAGAGUCUGUGUCCAGCAGCAGCAGCAGCAGCAGAUGGAUCUGGAAGAUACUUCAGCACACCCAGCUAAAGAAGUGGAAGGCAGUACAGAUACUGUGGAAGGCAGAACUGAAGAGGAUGAGUAGAAACUCUGCGGGCUCAGAAGUGAAACUUCAAGUUGUGAAUGUUGUUGGAAAGCCGACACACUUUGAAGACAUGUCAAAGUAACCUGUAUUUAAAUCUGCAAGGGUUUUAUUUAGUUAGUACCUGGUAAGAAGCAUCUGGGCUUUAGAACUGUUCUUUUAAACAUCUUGAUUUUUAGGCUGGGAUUCAUGUAAUUUGUUUAUUUUUUCCUUGGGAAACAGUGGGGCGUGUUAGGAAAUACGAGAUUAUCAAGGGAAAAAUGCUCCUAAUUUCAAUUAGCACAUUUCAUUGGUUUUACCUUUUUCAAGCAAGGCUGCUUUCAGGUAUCAACAGCAGGACAAAGGGGUUAGAUUUCUACAGGAGGGAUGUCUUAAACCUAAAACCUUUCUUGAUUUUAGCCAUUGAAAACUAGCACUGUGAUAUUAUGGACAAUAGAUGUAAUAUAAUGUCACCAUUUGGUUUUGUAACUUUUGUAUAGAGAUGCAAGUGUAAGAUUUGCCUCCAGGCUGCCUUUCCAGGGGAGCCCAGAGCAGAUCUCUCCCUUUGGCUAACCUGUGCAAAUUUGGAUGAACCAGCCUUUUAUUAGCCGCCUUUUCAGAAGCGCUUUCUUGCUGUACAUUGAUGAAGCAGAUAGCUAGUCGCUGGUGCUUGUGGAGUGAGGCUGUCUGUGGUAGGCUUGAUCAGGUGGAUUGUGCUGUUCGUGUGCAUUUCAGGACCAGGUCCACCUGUGGCGUGGAGUGAGCUCCCCUCCCUUGAAGCCAACAAGGUGGCUCCCGCUUCCACCAGGGUUGGAUUGGUCCCACCUUAUUAAUAGAACUUGUUGUGACAAUUCUCCUUUUGGUAUGUUUUGUGUAUACCAUAGGUGCAGAGCCCCAGCUGUUUCUCUUUUCACCCAAGCCUGGCGGUGGUUGGGGGUGGGUGACAAGAGCUCAGUAACACAGCCCAAACCUACCCUCCAUUGUGCAUGACACCAGGUCCCACUCAAGCCACCCGCAGUAGGAGAGGGGUGGAGAAGGGCUGAGGUGGUGGGACACACACCACCUCCCUCCUGCACAAGCGGUGCUGCCAAGGAGAGUGCAUGUGCCAGGGUCUGCCGUCACCCGUGGCAUGGCUCACUUGGCUGUUUAGAUGCACAGCCACCAUGGAGACCAGAGCUCACGGUGGGACAAGCUGUCUCUGGACACUUCUGGUCUCCAGUGGAUUUUCCUUGGGCAUUUGGGCGUCAUUUUGACAGGGGUGAACUCUUUCCUGCAUGGUGACCUCCCAGAGACUCACUCCCACCAGGAGGAACACUGGUCUCAGCCCAAAACACUACUCUUUAGACAGUGUUAGUGGAGACAGACAAUGUGUGUACUCAGAAGGGUUUAAUGCAUGUACUCAGAAGGGUUUGAGUGUCUCAGUGACAAGUGUCCCAUAAGCUAAGAAGUUGGCUUUCUCCAUCUCUGCAGGGCUGGCUAGGGGUCUGUACUUCCAGUUAAUGUUGCAGCUGGAAGAAGCCUCUAGCUGUAGGUGGAAUGAAAUAACAGGAUUUCUUCUACCAUUAACUCCUAAGUUGACUUCAAAGUGCUUUCUUUUCUCUAGUAUUAAUUUUCUCUAAUGGAAACUUUUAAUUGUGUGAUGGUGGAUAAAAUUUACUGGCCAGAUGUAUUAAUAAGAUAAGUUUAUACCUUCUUAGCAACCAAAUUUAAUAUAUUUACUUACAAAGAAUUCUGUGCAAUGAAUGUUUAAUACAAAGGAAAGAGACUAUUUUACUUCAAAGCAACAUUAAUUUAUGUACAAAACUAUAGCUCAUUAUUUGGGGUGUUUGGGAUCUUGGACCCUUUUUAUAAGCAGUGUAGUAUAGUAUAAUGUGAUACUUAAGUUAAAUUUUGCUCUCAUAACCUAUAUCACAAUCUGUUUUGCCUUCUUGAUGUAGACUUUCUUACCUACACUAUCACAGAGUUAUUCUGUUGGAUGAGUGGGGCUCUGGUGAGAGCACUGAAUUCCACCAGAGUAACUGACAGGUUCGAGAACACCUCUUAAAUUUGGUUGCUCUUCCUGUCACCUCCUUCCCUGGGGACAGUUUCCUCGUAAAGAAUCAAGUACAAGCUCGAGCUACAUGUUUGGGUGGCACAUGAGCAGUGAGAGGAGGUCCUUGUCUGGGACCAGUCUGCAGCUGGUUGCGGCAGGAGAGCUGCACUGGUGAGGUGGCCAGGCAGAUGCGAGGUGCUCUUUAAAUGCUGCUGUUUUAUUGUCCGUCAAGAGGUUUUACAAAACUCUAGGGGAAAAACAACAGUGGUGACGACAUAUUUUUAGCUAUGUGAUUUCCUUUCAAUCUGCAUCUGCCCAGCUCCAUGAGGAAUGACGUUAGACGUAUCACUUAAUUUGCUUUUCACUUUGUAAAAGGAAAAACAGUUGCUUGAACACUUCCCCCAAUUUUAUGUGCUCUCUAUCUGCUUUCAGACGCUCCCUCCCUUCCUGCUCUGGAUGGCCCUUAUCCUAUUUCCACCUGAGGUCAAUGGCACUUCCCUAAAUAAGUUUUCCAAAGAAACAACAAAAUUCUACAUACACCAUGAAAAAACUCCACACAGCACUACUUUUUUUACCCUGCUACGUAAAGCUACAGCCCAUACAGAAAUCUCAGAUUUCCUCCUCCCAGCUUAAUUACUCCUCUCUUUCCUUUUCCCUCUUUUUCACUGCUCCCUUGAAAUAUUUUAUCUGAAGCAAACGGAUGCUUCAAACUAAAGCUUUCUCCUAAAGCUGUGUGGCCUCAGUUUAACAACCACACAAAGCCAAACUCCUCCUCCCAUUUUUAUUGUUCUGAACAUCAGCCAGAGGCCCUAAACUAGGAGAGCAAGAUAUAGAGAGAAAUUGUUUUAUACAAAUAAGCCCUAUUUAUUCUACUUGCAGGUCUAUGAAUGUCCACUUACUUUGUCUGUGUGCAAGUGUUGUCUCUAAUAAACUCAAUUAGUUGUUUUGUAUUUUUCUGGAUUAAAAGCUUUGUAGAACCUAAAAAGAGAAAAAAAGACAUUCAGUCAUAUUUUUCUAGUUGAGCUUGUAGAAUAUUUCAUGUAGUGCAGAAAGGAGGUUUUAUGGAGUAAGACAUUGUUGGAUUUUGCUCUAUUUCGGUUCUUUCUAAUUUUGUAAAAUGCCACCUGUACAUAAUACUCAACUAAUGUAUGUCCUGUAGAUGUAUUACACCAUUUAGCCUAUUAAAUGCCUAUAUUGGACCUACUGGAAGAA